CGUUGUAAUACGGUUGUCUAACCUGCAAUAUAUCCGUUGUUCGAAAUCAAACGAACUCGGUUUGGAACUGUACGAGAAAAAAAGUUUUACGUGGUGAAUUAUGUGGAUUAUAAAUACGAUAAUACAUAGAUAGAUAUGGAACUGUGGGAAAAGAUUAUUAUAGAAUGGAUUGAAUGCUUGGGAGUGCAGAGUGAUGCUAUAAGAAAUACUACAGAACUGCAAGAUGGAGUGUUUUAUGCCAAUUUCCUAAAAUCAAUAAAAUGGAAGAAACAUGAGAGCUACGAUCAAAAAGAUAUUAUUAUCAAAUUUUUAGAAGAUGAAUAUCCUAGUUUUAAAAUCAACAAUGAUGAUGGCACAGAACAUAUAUACAUUGCAUCUUUAUUAUUGGUGCAUGCAUGUCGAACACUGUCUAAAAAGAAUAAUUCUCUGCAAUACAAUAUGUGUGACUUGAAGCAUGAAACACAAAUCAGAGUUAAAACCUUUUUGGAAAGUGUCUUACCUCUUGGAAAAGAUAUUACUAAGGAAACUAUGAGAGAAGUUAUUAUGGAGGUUGAAGAUUCAUCAACAAUUGCAAACAAUUUUAAAACACCAUCCAUUGAAAAAAUGUCUAAAUCUCCUGCCACUUGUUCUACACAUAGUAAAAAAAUAAUAACCGACCGAAUUCGAGAAAUGAGAGAUUUAAAAUGUAGUUUAGCAGUAGAACGAUUUACUAAUGCAGAAUUACAAGAUGACAUAAUAAUUCAACAAGAAAAAAUAGAAAAGUUACAGAAAAAACUCAAUGAAAAAUCAGCUCAAGUAAAGAUAUUACAAGAAGAAAGAAUGAAAGCAGCUACCCCACAGCCUUCUCGGUCAAAGGAAAAUGAUUCGCAACAUAAUUAUUAUAAAAGGUAUAUUGAUGAUUUGGAAAGUCAAUUGAGCAAACAGCAGAAUGAAAUGGAUAAAUUGGAGACAGAUAAAGAUACUCUAUCGAAAAAGUUAUCUGGUGUGCAAAGAACAUAUGUACGCUAUAAAGAAGAUUGUACAAAUUAUGAACAAUCCUUGGAAUCUUUAUCAAGUAAAAUUGAAUUGAAAGAUAGAGAAUUGGUAGAUCUUAGAAUUCAAAAUGAAGAAUUACGUGGGCGUAUUAAAGAAUUGGAAAAUAAAAAUGUUGGUACAGAACAAAGUUUUGAAGUUGAAGAUUUACCACUUCCUAGCAGAAUAUCAUUUAAUACUAGUGAAGCUCUAAGUUCUGUGAUUGAAAUUCAACUGCAGGAAGCUAAAGAAGAAUCCGCUAUAUUGCAAGCUCAAGUUGAUACUUUAAACGGAAAACUAAAUAUUCUUACAAAGGAUUACAAAACUGCUAUGGAAUCGAAUAGAGAUUUGCAGAAAAAGGUGGAAAAACUGGAUCAAGUACAAAUAGAAUUAAAUAAUCUGCAGAAGGAAUUAGAAAUAUCGAAUACAGAUAUUGCAAACUUACAAGUGGAAAAAACAUCUCUUGUUGCGCAAAAUGAAGAUUUAAGAAACUUACUUUCAUGCAGGGAAGAAGAAUUAUCUGAAAUAGAACAGUCAAAUAUUGCAUUAAAUACAAAAUUGGUUAAUUCAAAAACAGACAUUAAUAACUUGAAUAAAUUACUAGAACAAGAAAAAACUAAUUCUUCAAAUUUAAACAUUACUCUAACACAAACAAAAUUGCAGAUAACAGAACAUCUUGAACAUAUUCAAAAGGUUACUGAUGAAAAAGACUCGUUUAAAUCUUCCAUUGAAAAUUGCAAUGAAAGUUUAAAAGAUAUUUUACGUUUUAACAAUCAAUUUGCACAAGUUGAAGCUAACAAUUUAGAUAAUUCGACGCUUAAUGAUCUUAUAAAGUACAUUGAUGUAAUGUUGCAUAAUUGCAACACAGCACACAUUUCAUAUAAAUGUGACAUAGAUAAACUAAAAUUGACAAUAAAUGAAAUAAAUACAAACUUAGUUAAGCAACAAUCAACUAUUAUAACUUUAGAAGAACAAAAUAAGCAAAAACUUAUAGAUUUAGCUAAUAUUGAGGAAAACAAGAAGCAACAAGAUUUAUUGUUAAAUGACCAAAAAGAAACUAUUCAUAAAUACUUACAGGAAAUUGAAGUUUUAAAAAAAAUUAAAGAUGAAAAACUUGCUUUGGAAUCAAAUAUACAUGAGUUAACAAAUAAUUUACUCAAUCGAGAAUUAUUAUUAAAUUCUCUUAUGACACAAUUAGAAGACCUCAAGAAUGUGAAGAAAGAUUUAAAAUUAAUAAAAGAAGAAACUCAGCAAAGCUUAACUGAAUAUCAGAAAAAUAUAGAAUUAACCUUUAAAAAGUUGCAAUGUGAUUAUCAAACAGUGUAUUACAAUUUUAACAACAUACAAGAAGAAAAGAAGAAAUUAGAAUAUGAUCUCGAUUGCAAUAAGAAGGAAUUAUCAAAUACUCAAAUAAUAAAUGCAGAAUUGCAACAAAAUUUAUUAGAAAGUAAAGAAACAAUAAGUAAUUUGGAAGAAAGAAGCAGAAAUCUCUGUAACGAAUUAAAUGAAUCUAAACAAACUAUUCAAGACUUAAAAGAAAUAAAUCGGACAUUGGAAGAACGGUAUACAAUGAUGGAAACUGAAGCAAAAGAUAAUUUGGAAAGUUUGAAAUCAGAAAAUACUAAAAUAUUAUGUGAAUUCAAGGAUGCUACUGAUAAGCUCAGUUUAUUACAACAAGAAAUGAAUGACACAAUUACACAAAUAGAAUUGAAAAAAGCGCAGAUUCACGAAUUACUUUUGGAGGCCUCCUCUUUAAAAACAGAAAAAGAAGGUUUGAUGCACUCACAUGAAGAAAUGCUUCAAGCAAAAAAUAAAGAGAUAGAAAUGAAAGAAGAAGCAUUACUGAUGUCACAAGCUAAGAUGGAAAAGCUAAUAAAUGAAAAAAAUGCCACGGAAAAGAAGAUGAAAGAAAUAAUUAUUAAUCUUCAAGAAAUAAGAUCUAGUCAGGAUGCCGUUUUAGCAACUCAAGAAGCAGCUUUGAAAGAAAAAUGUUUACACAUAGAAGAACUUCACGAACAAUUUGAUAAUUCUAAGAAAAUAUUAAACAAGGACCUCGAAGAUGCAAAAUCACUAUUGAGCGAAUACCAAAUCAAAUUCUUCGAUUUAGAAAAUCAGAUUAACAAUCAAAACAAGGCUACAGCAGAAUUACAAGAAAUGUUAAGAGAAAUGGGUGUAAAACUUGAAACAAAUAAGGAACACUAUAAGCAAAUAGAUCAGAGUCAAAUUGAAAUUGUAAAACUGUGCCAAGAAUUGGAACAUCCAAUUAAAAAUUUGAAUUCUACAAUUAUGAAAACAUGCUCAGAUUUUGAUUUUCUCGAUCAGGAUUUAUACCAUGUACCACAAUAUGAAUGCACAGAUCAUAAAAUCGUAAAUAUUUCAAAUAUUAUUAAAAUGACUCUUGAUGAAUUACAUAAAUCUCAAAAAGUUAUCUUGCUUUUAUCUUGCACAAAUGCUGAAUUAAAUAAAACUUUGGCAGAGCAAAAAAUACUUAUAGAAAACAAUGUAAGAGACAAAGAAGAGAUCUCUAGUUUGAAGAAUAAAGUACGAGAAUUGGAAAUAAUAGCGCAAAAACGAAAUGACUAUCUUAAAAAUCUUAUAAAAAAUAAGGAAUCUUUAAAAAAUUCUUUGAAAAAAAUGGUUGCCUCACAAAGUGACUUAGAUACUGUUUUAAUAUCAUCUAUGCAAAAGUGGACUGAAAUAGUGACAAAGUUUCAACAUAUUUUUCACAUUGAGAGCUCCGUUUGCGACGAGUUCAAACAGUUACAAGCUAAAAAAGCAAGUCUCGAAAAUACAUUGUCGAAAUACCAAGUUGCCUAUUCAGAGAAUACUAAAUCUAUAUUCGAUAUUUUAUGGAAGAAAUUUUUAUGGACGGAGCAACAAUUACAUGAUACUUACUUAUGUUCAAUACAUGAAAAGGAAUGUCUCGAUGCAUUGACAAGUGUGGAAGAGGAUCAAUUUGCUGACGAGAAAACAAAUAUUGACAUAGAGGUGGAAAAGCAUAAAACAUUGCAAAACGAUAUAAUGAAGUCUGAUGAAGAAAUAGAAUCCUUCAUAGCUUUAGCCACUUUUUACGAAAAUAAUUUAAAAUCUGGCGAAAUCAAGACUCAAGUAGAAGUAGAGAAGAAACUACAAAAUCAAGUUAAUCAAUUGACGAAAGAAAAAAAAGAUCUAAAAAAUAAAAUGGAUACUAUGCGUGUAAGAAAUGUAAAAUUAGAAAAGAAUAUCGACGAUCUUAGGACGGAGAUGAAAAAGCUAAAAUCAGCGGAGAUAGCACCAAUUAAUUUGGAAGUUAACUUGAAAGAAAUGCGAUCUCUGAAGGAUGAAAUAGAACAUUUGAAAGAACAAAAUCAUCAAUUACGUAAAGAAAAAGAUGAGUCAAACAAGCAAUCUCUGAAAAAUGAAUUGGAACAGUUGAAACAACAAAAUCAACAGUUAUUUAAAGAAAAGGAUGAAUCAAACAAGAUUGUAAAACAAGAAUUUGAAAAUCGAAUAAAAGAAAUUCAUGCUACAUACGAACAAAAAUUGGAAGAUAUGAAGCAAAAAAUGAAAAUAGCUUAUAAUGAACAAAUGACAAAGUUAAAUAAAGAUAAAGAGAAUAUCGUACGGGAAAAAUUGCAGGCUCAAAUGGAAGUAAUGUGUCAGAAACAAAGAGAAGAAAUCAAUAAAUAUAAAGCACAUGUUGGCGAAUUAAGUUCGCAACUUUGGAGUCUGGGAGAAAAGUAUUUGAUUGAACAGAAACAGAAAGACGAUGCAUUGCAGCAGGUAAAAGAAUUACAAACCAAGUACAAGGAAGUUGAGGCAAAUCAACCAAUAACUACAAUUUCGCGCAAGACUUGCAAAAUAGAAAAAGAAGAAAUAUCACCUGAUAUGCAGAAAGCAACUGUAUCACAAAAAGUGAUAAUAACAGAAGAAACAUUCAAAAGAAGAGAUAGUAUUAGAAGCAUACAAGCAAUGGGCAAUGCGUUUAAAACGGAGGACGAGGAAGAAAUCUUUGAUAAUGUUUAUCUAGCCGAUAUGAAGAGAGGUAAAUGUGUACCUGUUAUGGAUGCGGAUCGCUUGUCCGUAUUACAAAUGAGGAAUUCUCUCUGUAAACCUCAUCUAAAAUCAUCUUAUCCGGCGGAAAUGCAAUUCCUUCCUCCAACUUUAACUGAAGAAGAGAUUAAAACGGGCUCUGCAGUGGAAGAUAAUUUUAACGAUAGUCUUAGUCAAAGCCUUCUUCCAGAACAAAAAAUAAGGAAAAAAGAUAGAUCUCAGAUAACAUAUAAAAAACCUGGCCCUCCUACUCCAAGUAAAAAUGGCGGAAGAUUGUCACUUCAGGGUAAUGAAUUAAAAAGCCCAAAUUCACGCAUAUUAAGAGAGCGGAAUAUAGAUAGGAGAAUGACGACCACUCCUCACUCAUUAAAGAACAUAUUCUCUUUAAAGCGACAAGAUGAAAAUGGCACACCCAAACGCAGGCUGAGUCUUUUCCGUAGAUCUAGAUUACCAUAGGACUGAUUGGAAUGCUGAAUUGAUAUGUAAAGAUAUAUAUAGUGUCAUAUUAUGUACAUAUUAUGUACAAAGAAUGACGAUAAUUUCUGGUUUUAUGCUUUAAUUUAUUGUCAUUCUUUGUACAUAAUAUGUACAUGUAAUUUUAUAAAUUCUGAUUUUAUGCUGUAAUUUAAGUUCUACAUAAAAUUAUAAUACAGGAUGAAUAAAAUAAUUUCAACCUUCUAUAAUAUAACAUGUAAUAAUUGUAAAUAGCAUGUAACACAAAUAUUUUAUUUUAUAUAAAAACAUUUAAAUAUACCAAGCGUUAUUG